UAGUUCUUCAUUCCGGAAGUAGCGCAAGAUUGACAGACCUACAUGUUUACUUCCUUUAGCGUUUCUCUUUCCUUCAGAACUUUCUAGAGCUUCAGAGGGAAAGUACGGAGUGCGGACCCAUGGCAACCAGCGGGCGUUUCUCAGAUAGUUUCAUAGACGAGGAUCCACAGACAGCCCUUGAGGAGCUAAAUGCGGCAUUGGGAGAGAAUGCUGAUAAUGCUGAAUGGCUCUGCCAACGAGCUUAUGCCUAUAUACUGUUGAAAGAGUACACAAAAGCAAUUGAAGAUGCUAAAAAAGCCCAUCAGCUGCAGCCAGGUUUGGUCCUUGCCUUUUUAAGAAUAGGGAUUGCAGAGUAUCACCUUCAUAACUUCAUUACUGCUCAUGAGGCCCUCACAGCUGGAAAAGAGCUUGAUUGCUCUAUUGAAGGAUUUCAAACAUGGAUCCAGCACUGUGAGAAUGAAAUGGCAACACACAUUCCAAACCAAACCUCAGAUUCGAAGCAAUCUACAACCCUGUUUGUCAAACAUGACUGGUACCAGACAGAGUCUCAAGUUGUAGUGACCAUCAUGGUAAAAAAUGCCAAGAAGGAGGAUGUAUCUGUCAUCUUUGGUGAAAGGGAGCUGACAGCUGUGGUAAAGCUUCCAUCAGGAGAAGAUUACUGCCUAAAGGUCCAUCUUCUGCAUCCUGUUGUCCCUCAACAAAGCACAUACAGGAUCCUUUCAACCAAGAUAGAGAUUAAGAUGAAGAAGACUGCAGCUGUACAGUGGGAGAAACUGCAGGGAGAAGGCACACUUUCUAACGUGAAGCACUUUACUCCCAACCAGUACCCAUCAUCCUCCCACUACACACGCAACUGGGACAAGGUGGUAGGUGAAAUAAAGGAGGAGGAAAAGACAGAGAAGCUGGAGGGGGACGCUGCCCUCAACAAGCUGUUCCAGCAAAUCUACUCGGAUGGCUCAGAUGAAGUCAAGCGGGCAAUGAAUAAGUCUUUUAUGGAAUCAGGAGGCACAGUCCUCAGCACCAAUUGGAUGGAUGUUGGUAAAAGGAAAGUGGAGAUGAACCCACCUGACGAUGUAGAGUGGAAAAAGUAUUAAAAGCAGUAGAUGACAUCUUGCACCAAUUGUUCUAAUGUCUUGAUGCUCUCUUUCAUUUGCUCCUUUCUGCCUUCACACUUCACGCUUUCUCUUUUGGUCCUGGGUUGUCCUGGAUUGCCCUGAACUAAAUUGGAGUUCAAAAUGAGACCCCUGUGAAAUGAAACUUCUCGGUCUAAAAUUAGUUUUAAAGUAAAAUUAAAAUUUGUCUGGAACCAAACAAGCUCAUUACAUUUUUAAAGCAUCACGUAUGUUUAAAACACAUUAAAACAACCAAGCAUUGAGUAUCUUUACCUAUUUGGAUAUGUUAGGUCUCCACCUGUUAUUUGUUCUUCAAUUAAUGGUGAUCACUGUUUUAAUGUACUUUAUGCUUUCCUAAAUUGAGUUUCAUUAAGCUGUAAAUAAAUUUUUCUUGUUCUCUG